AUGCCAGCAAUACCUUCACCGUUCUUGGAGAAUUCCCUAGUGCAUCGUAGCACAGACCCGACUUACAAUGCCACCGUUCCCAGUCUCGAGGUCAUCUGCGCCUGGCCGGUAUCUGGACAAUAUGGACCAGGGACUCGAUAUUUGUACGAACCUCUCUACGAGCCCAGCGGAAUAGAUCCUGACCAUGCUUGCAGAUAUUACGUCUUAAUGGCGGCCUGUGUGUUGGCACGCAAGGAGGAAUUUAUUCGUAAUGCUUGUCUGGCUGCUGUCUUACUUUUUCCCGCUGUCGCGGCCCUGCAUGGAAUCGUUCUUGCGGCCCUUCAUGUCGACGGGGCCGUUGACAUGGAUGUCUACGGGGCUUUCCAGCUGUGCGCAAUCGGCAUCCUGACUGCCCCAGCCACUGUGAAACUGUCAAACACCUACUUCAAUAACCCAGGUCGAAAUAUCAUAUUCCUCUGGACGACCCUUCAACUGGCGGGCCUACUUAGUCUAACUGUAGAAUUCAUCCGCAUAACCCCUACCAUCUGCCCUGCCGAUGAUCCAGCGACAUCCAUCUGGGCCGAGACAAAGGCUUUCUACUACAAUACUACCUGCGGCAUGGUUUGUAAUGAGACUGUCGGCCCAACAUCACCACUUCGACAAGGCUCAGCAAAUAACAUAUACGUGAUUCCAGCGCCCCAUCAACUGGACUUCAACACCGCAACCCUGCUGGCAGCCGCCUGCUGCAUCCCCGCCAUCCUGUCGAUGGUAUCCACGUGGAUCAAGAUCCUUGAUGGAAAUUGGGAAAAACUGAUGGGAAGGCGGAAGAAGAAGGACAAUGAACCCAUUUCCGGUACUAAUGGUGCCACCCCGAUUCAGAUGAAGGGAAUUACGGAGAGGAUCCGUGGAUGGUUGACCUUGAUCGAGAUCCCGGUUUUCGUGGCAGGCGUCUUGGCUAUUAUUGUCAAGGGGGAAAUGAACUUCUGGAGUGAGCCCGUGGACUAUCAAACGGAGCCCAUAGCAAGUAUAGGCCAAUGGGCCCCUAUUGUCGGUACUGGUCUAGCAGUGAUGGGAUCGCUCUAUCUAAUGUUCGCUGCUGAUAUGGAAGCCGAAGAAAAACAAAUCGGCCCACUACAUGAAAGAACAGAACCAAGAUGUGCCGACUGCGGCGGAAAUGCCAUUCGUGACAGCACCGACUCCACGGAAUCCCCAGCACGAUCCAACAGUACCGCAUCAGCUCCCUCCCCCGAUCUAGCACACACGACGACAUUCUCCACCAUCCGCCAAGAGAUGACCACUCAAUCUGGACCAGACCCUGGAGGCAGAAGAAAAGUAGCCCAGUUCUUCAACGCAGCAAGCACCUACCUCGCCGCGAAAGCACAUAACAACUUCGAGGACACAGGCUUCGAGGUUCACGAACGAACAAAUUUUCCCGAGAUCCCAGCUGAAAACCUUCGAAACAAGCAUCUCCCCGAGAUACGAGAAGUUUAUAACACCCCAAUCCCACGCUCCAGAGCUGCAAGUUUCAUCGGAAGUGAUACUUCUAACGGGGAGGGUAGUAGUUCUCGAAGGCACAGACGCCAGUUCUCAUUACCGACUCGGCCUUCGCCCACUGCGAAUCGUCGUCCACAUUCGAAUACAGUACCGGCGGAUGGGGGCCCAUUUGAGGGUCCCACUUUUCUUGAAAUCAGGAGUUUUUAUGGCAAAUUGUCGCCGCAGCAGUGGAGUCCUCCUGAGGGGAUGACUCCUGAUGAGCACCAUGAUGAUCAAGAUGCUUAUAUAUCGGAUGAAAAUCAUCCGGUCUUACCCAAUGGGCCCGCUACACCUAAGAUCGUGGUUUCGUCUGACUAA